AUGGAGUUAGCUUCGCAGAAUGAUGAAAGAGCUACCGCAAUAGAAAAUGCGCUACGAUACGAGAUCAAGAGCGAUAACGAUAUCGGGAAGCUCAGCUUAUCGCAGUUUCCCGACGAGUUAAUCCUCGAAAUCCUAUCCUAUCUAGACGUCAAUGACUUGUUAGUUGCUUCACGACUAUCUCAUCAUCUCCGAACCCUUUGCCUCGAUCCCCUUCUCCAUGCACAGCGUCUUCAUGAUGCAUCCCACGCCCUGUCUCGCCGUCUUUCCCAUCGAGCUCCUCUUACGGAUCUCAUGAGUCAACGAAUAUACAUUACCCGGACUUCACUUGCUGCCCGAAGUCUGGGGAGGAAUCUUAUCAAGAUAAAACUGAAUAGGCAGCUGGGGCGAAGACCUUCUAUCGAGACGUUGGUGGAGAAAAACGUAUUGCCGAAAGAAUGUUAUGGAUACGGGAAAGGGAAAGUAGCACCGGGGCUCGUCGGGAUCAAGAGAAAGGUGGAGAGGGAAAGGGUAAAAGAUGGACUGAGGGCGUGGGUGGAGGGAUGGAGGGGGAGGGUGGGAGAAAAAGAGAGAGAGAUUGAAGGGACGAGGGAAGGGAAGGUGGAAGUAAGGUGGUUGGUUAGAAGGUUCGCUGGGAGGGAUGUAGAUAGGGGUGAGGGCGCUGCAGGGAGAGGGACGUGGGGUAAGAAGGUUGAGCGGAGGGAAAUUCCAGCGAGGGCGAAGGUUCUGGGGCUGAGGAGAUUUUGGGAGAAGGUUGGGAAAGAAGGUUUGGAAACUAAUGGGAAUGGUUUGGGUAAUAACUGA